AUGUCGGAAAGUCUACAAUUGCGAGGCACCUUAAGAGGGCACAAUGGAUGGGUUACUCAAAUAGCUAUUAACCCAAAAUAUCCAGAUAUGAUUAUAUCAAGUUCAAGGGAUAAAACAUUAAUUAUAUGGAAGCUAACGAGAGAAGAACAUCAGUAUGGGUUUCCACAGAAAAGAUUGAAGGGACAUUCUCAUUUCGUGAGUGAUGUGGUGUUGUCUACAGAUGGGACAUACGCACUCUCUGGUUCAUGGGACAAAACCUUAAGGUUGUGGGACUUGGCUGCAGGAAGAACAACAAAAAAAUUCGAAGACCAUACCAAGGACGUGCUAAGUGUUGCAUUUUCAGUUGAUAAUCGACAAAUUGUAUCUGGAAGCAGGGAUAAGACCAUCAAACUUUGGAACACUUUAGCAGAAUGUAAAUACACCAUACAGGAUGAAGGGCAUACAGAUUGGGUAUCUUGUGUAAGAUUUUCUCCUAAUCAUGCUAAUCCAAUUAUUGUUUCUGCUGGUUGGGAUAAAGUAGUCAAGGUAUGGAAUUUAGCAAAUUGUAAGUUAAAAAUGAACAAUACUGGACAUGCUGAAUACCUUAAUACUGUCACUGUUUCUCCUGAUGGAUCCCUUUGUGCUUCUGGUGGAAAGGAUUGCAAAGCCAUGUUGUGGGAUUUAAAUGAUGGUAAACACUUGGACACAUUAGAUCAUAAUGACAUAAUUAAUGCAUUGUGCUUCAGUCCGAAUAGAUAUUGGCUUUGCACUGCUUUUGGUCCUUCAAUAAAAAUUUGGGACUUGGAAAGCAAGAAAAUGGUUGAAGAACUUCGUCCGGAAGUUGUGUCACAGACUUCUAAAGCCGAACCUCCCCAAUGCUUAUCUUUGACGUGGUCCAUUGAUGGCCAAACAUUGUUUGCAGGUUAUUCUGACAAUACAAUUAGGGUUUGGCAAGUAUCUGUAUCUGCCAGAUAA